AUGGCUGCAAUGUCUGGGGAAUGUUCGGGCAAUAUACAGAUUGACAUGAGAAGUAUUUACCCUGAUGUAGUAGAGAUCACCUGCUAUGGUUAUGAUUACACUGUAGCGAUGAUAAAGAUUUUAAGAGGUCAGAAACAUUUUGAAAGUUUGAUAAAAGUUAUCAUUUCAAACGGAAAAUGCGACGUAGGUCUAUCAACAGAUCCAUCUGAACUGGAUGUUAAAUGUUUAUGUCAGUCUAUAAACAGCCUGAUCUGCAAUGUGUCUGCCUCAAGUGUUAACGCUGAAGACAAAUGGCGAUGUGCAGCGCUUAGAUAUCAAGAUCAAAAUCCGAUAUUCAGUAGAAUCAGAAGCUUGUCCGGAUAUAACGAAAACGAUAUUACAAUCGGACAGACAACCAUGUCUUCAACAAUAAAUUACAAGAAAGAAGAUGCCACCUCUGACCAAACCAAUGUUUUUAGAGAUAAUGAAAUGCCUUCACCGGCUGGGGUAUCAAAAGAAACGCACGAAGAUACUUUCAUUAUCGUAUUUGCCACCAGUGGAGGCUUGAUUAUAUUAAUUGCUGUUGUUUUGAUCACCACAUACUGGAAGUGUGUCCGUAACACAGGUGCAGUACUUACGCCGGUGGUUGAGAAUCAUUACCUUACUCCUCUUGGUGAUAAUCCGCGGCUUUCAGAAUAUGUGGUAGGAAGAGGAGCAACUGGAAAUCGUAGCGAUGACAGUUCACAACGACACGUUGAAAACACUAACCAUACUCCUCUUAGAGAUAAUCCGCGGAUUUCACAAUAUGCGGUAGGAAGAGAAUCACAUGUGAAUCGUAACGACAGCAUUUCACGACGACACUUUGAAAAUAUCGAUUGCGACUUAAAAAGUGUUGUCAAUGCGUGCGUUACAAAUGGCGAUGUGGAAAGCAGAGCCAAUGACGAAAGAACAAGUGAAAACCAGGGUGAUAUAAUAUCCAGACAACACGCAAGAGAUGCCUUAUGCAGAGAUAUUCGAUUUUGA